UUGUCCUGCUCAAUGAUAAGUAGUAACAAUAUGAAUAUAACAAUCAAUAAAGACCUUGUACCUUAUAAAACUUGAGUAACUUAAGUUUAUUUUAAAAUUCAUUUUUUCCAAAAUGUCUCAACAUAGUGCUUUACUAGAGCUUAAAAGUGAAUAUUUAGAAAUAAAUGAAUACAACUUUACAUGGCCUGGAGAAAAUGGUACAUUUCACGAUCUUGGUUCAAUAAAUUACACAAUGCCAGGACCAUGGUAUUGGCCUUGGUGUCCAUUAUGGAAGGUUCCACAGCAUCCUUUAUUCCAGCUAUCAAACAUGCUUUUCGUAGCAUCAUACUGUGCUCCAAGCACAAAAAAGGGUCAGCUAUGGAUGCAUACGAUAUUAAUAUUCGCAUUUAUGCUGAAUUCAAUCUGGGCCUGGCACGUGAUAUGCUCCCCCGACACUUUUUCAUGGAACUUUGGUUUUGUUUUCUUAAAUUUGGGCCAGGUCGUGUAUCUGGUAUACCAGAUGAGACCGGUGAAGUUCGAUCCGGAGCUAGAAGAGGUCUAUCACACGCUUUUUGAACCGUUCAAGGUAUCGAGACUGCAGUUCAAGAGGAUGGUGUCCCCGGACUUCGCGCACGUGAUGUCACUGCACGCAGGCGAGGCGUACGCCAUGCAGAACCUCACCAAGACCGACCGCCUCGGACUGCUGCUGUCAGGAAAGGUAAACGUUAUGAGUGGUCAUCAGUUUCUACAUCCGAUACUGCCCUGUGAGUUUCUAGAUUCACCAGAAUUUGAAUCAAGUCGAGCUACAAUAGAUGAGAAGUUUAAGGUGUCUAUCGUAGCAGCGUCCUCUUGCCGCUACGUAUACUGGCAGCGCACAUCGCUAGAAUAUCUCUUUGUUAAAGAGCCUUACUUGGCUUGUGUGGUCACAACACUAAUAGCUCGAGAUAUAACAACCAAGUUGUACGCCAUGAAUAAUAAAAUUGUAACAGAGAGAGGCUCGCAUUUAGAUAUACGACUGCCGAGUAUCUCACACGCGCUGGCGAGGAGUCCGAGAAGGUUGCGUUCGGCCAACAAACCUCCACCACCCACUACUGUACAACCAGUCCCACCGGAAAAACGACCAAAUUGCUGGAACCGUGAGUCGGAACACUUGGGUAAUCACAAACGCAAUGGUAUUGCGACUACUACGUACGUUGAGGAGGACGAGGAGCUGAUCCCUCUGGCGGAGCACGAGGCGCCCGCCGCCUCUUCCGAUGACCUGUCCGUCGCUGACAGCUGUCCCGACACCUCCUCUAAAUAUCAUAGCUGUGAGGCUGUCGAAACUGACGAUGAAUUACGACAUUAAUUCAAUAAAUGAUCAAAAGUGUUUUCUAAUUGUAUGAAUAAUUUUAACCAGCUUGUAAGCAGUUUCAUUCUGUUAAACAGAUAUAACGAUAUUUGUUUAAAGGUUUUGAUAGAUCGAUCAUUGAAAAAAGAUUUGAA